AUGUCGAGCCUGGGGCAGUCGGGUCCCAACAGCCAUCCGGGCCUCGCCUUUCCUCAGCCAGGCAUUCGACGCAGUCACGGCGGUCCUGGAGGCUUUCCUCCUCUACACGCGAACCCGGCAAACAAACCAUCACCCGGCCCUCACAACGCGUCUCCUUAUCAACAACAGGCUUACACGCCUCAGCAGCCCACCCAAGCUCAAUACCCUCAUCAUCUCUUCCAGACUCAGACGCCCGUCAACGGCAACGUUAACGGCACCUCGCGUCCCCCGAGCCACGUCCCCAAUGCCGCCACCCUCGGACGCCAGAGGGGUCCUCCCUCGCGGCAGCAGAUGCCUCAACAGAGCGCGCCCUCCAUGUUUCUUCCCUUAGGAGGACAACAGAACCUUGGCCACCAGCAGAGCCUGAGCCAACAACACGUCUUGGGGCAGCAACAGGGCCUAGGAGGACAACAAGGACUCGGUCAACAACAAGGACUUGGCCAGCAGCAGGGCCUGGGCCAUCAGCAAGGCCUCGGUCAACAUGGUCUUAGUCAACAGCAAGGUCUGGGACAACAACAAGGCCUGGGGCAGCAUCAAGGACUCGGUCAGCAGCAAGGGCUUGGUCAGCAGCAGCAACAGCAGCACCAACAACACCAGCAGCACCAGCAGCACCAGCAGCAGCAUCAGCAGCAGCACCAACAGCACCAGCAACCUCAACAGCACCAGCAGCACCAACAACAUCAGCAACACCAGCAGCAACACCAUCAACAGCAGCAGCAGCAGCACCAGCAGCAAAACCUAGGUCAGCAGAGCCUUGGCCAGCAGAGCUUGAGCCAGCAAGGCUUGAGCCAACAGAGUCUCGCUCAGCAAAGCCUAGGCCAACAGAGCCUCAACCAGCAACAGACGUUGAGCCAACAACAACAGCAGAGCCUUGCCCAGCAGCAGCAGCAACAUCAACAACAGCAGCAGAGCCUGAGCCAGCAGCAAAAGUUGAGCCAACAACACAGCCUCAACCAGCAGCAGCAGAACCUGAACCCGCAGCAAAUUAAGAGCGAGCCGAUCAUACCCCAACAGCAACAACAGCCUCAGCAACCGACGCCAAAGCCUGCCGUGCAGCAAGUCCCGCAGGCUCAGCAGAUACAGCAACAGGUUCCGCAGCAGGUCCAGCAGCAGGCUCAGCAAGUGCCGCAAGUUCCUCAGGUUCAACAGGUGCAGCAGGUGCAACAGCCUGCCCAACCCCGGCCUGAGACCCCGGCUCAGGCCAGCGAACACCAUGGAGACAGCAUGGAGGUGGAAACCCUCGCUGAAGAUGGUGACUCGCUUGAACCAAAGAUGAUUGAUGGCGCCCCGUUCGUGCCUAGACAGCCAAUGGGCGAGAUGAUGUCUGCUCCCCCAGAGGGAGGUAGCUACCCGACCUUGGAGGCGGUCCACAAGAGUGUGCUUGCGUACUGCACCUCUGUUGGGUACGCGAUUGUUAUUGGUCGUUCAAAGAAGACGGUUCCCGGUCUAAAGAAGGUGUUGUUUGUAUGCGACAGGGCGGGCAAGCCCCCCAGUCGCGUCAGCCCCGAGUUCCGCAAGCGCAAGACGUCUUCCCGAAAAUGCGAUUGCCAAUUUGGCUUCUUUGCCAUUGAGCAGCGAACUCAGUGGACGAUCCGAUACCGUCCAGAUCCCCAGCAUCUGCAGCACAACCAUGGGCCGAGCGAAAGCCCCCUCCUCCACCCGGCCGCUCGCAAGCUGGACAGCAAGAUGGUUGCCGCCGUCAAAGCGCUCAAGGAAAAUGGUGAGCCGGCGAAGUCAACAACGCGCGAAAGAGCAGUCGCUGACUCUUCGACAGGGGUUAGUGUUAACGAGACACUGGAAAUAUUGCAAAACGAAAACCCACACGUUCCUUUACUUCCUCGCGAUAUCUACAACGCACGAGCGGCGAUCAAUAGGAAUCCUCAAAAGGUGGCGACGGGGCUAGCUGAGAACCGACCAGCCAUCUACAGCAAGCCUCACCCAACGGCGGAGGAGCGCAUCCGGGCAGACCUACGAAAGGAGCUCGCCAAGACGAAGGAAGACUUCGACAAGUACAAGGAGGACAAACAAAAGGAGAUCGAUGAGCUGAAGAAGACGCUGGAGGAGAAGGAGCAGAUCAUAGGGCGAUUCGAGAUGUUUAUCGACAUUUGCAAUCAGCGCGUCAUGGUUCAACGAGAGAGGCUUGGGGAUGCGUCCGGGGCGGCCAACGGUGGUAACUAG